UUUGUGUUGUGGGAAAGCCAAAAGACCCCGUGCAUUCAAAGGAGCUGACCUUUCAAACUUUCCUGUCACUUAUUUCAGUCAGAAAAGCGCAUGGAUAGAACAUUCAGUUUUCAGACAGUGGUUUGAAAAAUACUUUGUGCCACAGGUACAGAAGCAUUUGAAAUCCAAGGGGCUUCUAGAAAAAGCAGUGCUGCUUUUGGAUUUUCCUCCAGCACAUCCACAUGAAGAAUCGCUGAGUUCAGAUGAUGGCAGAAUAAUUGUGAAAUAUCUGCCACCAAAUGUCACAAGUCUAAUUCAACCUAUGAACCAGGGAGUUCUAGCCACGGUAAAAAGAUACUACCGAGCAGGGCUUCUCCAGAAAUACAUGGAUGAAGGAAUUGACCCCAAAAUGUUUUGGAAGAACUUGACAGUGUUGGACGCAAUUUAUGAAGUGUCAAGAGCUUGGAACAUGGUGAAAUCAAGUACCAUAACCAAAGCUUGGAAAAAACUUUUCCCUGGCAAUGAAGAGAAUUCAGGUCUGAACAUGGAUGAAGGAGCCAUUUUAGCAGCUAACUUAGCAACGGUUUUACAGAAUACAGAAGACUGUGAACACGUUGACAUUGAGAAUAUUGACCAGUGGUUUGACUCUCAGAGUAGUGAUUCAAGCUGUCAGGUGCUAAGUGACAGUGAAGGUGUUGAGGACCAGUCCAAGCCUGCUGAGCAAAAGCCUCCCAGCAAGACCAGAAAAACAGAAGUGAAUCCAGAGAAGCACAUUAGCCAUAAAGCUGCACUUGAAUGGACCGAAAACUUACUGGAUUAUCUAGAACAACAAGAUGACAUGCUUCUGUCUGAUAAACUGGUAUUACGGAGGCUGCGAACGAUAAUAAGAAGAAAGCAGAAGACCCACAAUAACAAAAAUCAUUAAUAAUGCUCUGAAGGGUGUCAAAGUAUUUGCGUCUUUGUGACUUUAUCUGCAAUGGAACUUAAUUAUCUUGCUUGAAGUGCUAUGGAUUUCAAGGCCAAAUACAUUUUAUAAAUGAUUUUAGGAUUAGAUGCCAUUUUGGAUUACUUAAAUUACUGCUCUUUAAUGUCAAUUCUAGUAAGUGAGCAUUGACAUGUAACUUGUCUGUCUUUUGUUUCUAAUCUGUGUUCUACUAAUUAGAUCAUAAGGUUCCUGAGGCCAGGGAUCUUGUGUCUGUUUUGUGCCUGAAUUUCGUUGUGUCUAACGAGGACCAUGCACACUAUAGGCAAUCAAUAAAUCUGACUUAAAAUGAA